UUUUUUUUUUUUUUUUUUUACGAAUUCUCAAUUUUUUCAAUUUUGAUUUUCCAAUCUGUUUCCUCUACAAAGUCUGAAUCUUUUGUUUUAAUUCUGAACUUUCAACGGGUUCUCAAGGAAAAUUCGCUACUGGGUAUCCAUUAUCUAAUUUUUAUUUUUAUAAACACAAAAUCAACAACCAUGUCCCUGUUCCUUAAAGCUCUGCCUUUGAUGACCUCCCGAACCAGACCAUCUUUAGUGUUUCUAUGCAGAGUUUCCAACACAGUUCUAUUGCCACUUUCCAGAACCAGAACAGUGUUUUCCGUUUCUGCCUCCGCAACCCCUUCAACACAACCACUUCCUUCUGCUUCUGAAACACUCACUUCCAAUGCUAAACCACCUUUGGCCCUCACUGAAUCCCUUGAGUGGAUCAACAGGACUGCAUUAUGUGGUGAAUUGUCUUCAAAUGAUGUGGGAAAAAGGGUCCAGCUUUGUGGGUGGGUUGCCCUUCACAGGGUCCAUGGUGGCCUCACAUUUCUUAAUCUCAGAGACCACAGUGGAAUUGUUCAGGUAACUACCCUUCCAGAUGAAUUUCCAGAUGCCCAUUCUGCUAUCAAUGACCUGAGGCUUGAGUACGUGGUUGCCAUUGAGGGUGUAGUCAGGUCUAGGCCAAGCGAGUCAAUCAACAAGAAGAUGAAAACAGGUUCCAUCGAGGUUGCUGCUAGUAGAGUUCAAGUGCUAAACUCUGUAAAUUCAAAGUUACCAUUCUUGGUUACUACGGCAGAUGAUGCAAAAGACUCUCUUAAAGAAGAAAUCCGUUUGAGAUACCGAUGUCUUGACCUGCGGCGGCAACAAAUGAAUUCCAACAUAUUGCUGCGACAUAAAGUGGUUAAACUCUUUCGAAGAUAUUUAGAAGAUGUUCAUGGUUUCGUGGAGAUUGAAACUCCAAUACUGUCAAGAUCCACUCCAGAAGGUGCCCGGGAUUAUUUAGUUCCAUCAAGAAUCCAGCCAGGAACAUUCUACGCCUUGCCACAAAGUCCUCAGCUAUUUAAGCAAAUGCUAAUGGUAGCUGGUUUUGAUAAAUAUUAUCAGGUUGCAAGAUGUUUUCGUGAUGAAGACUUGAGAGCAGACAGACAACCUGAGUUCACGCAGCUAGAUAUGGAAAUGGCCUUUACUCCUUACGAGGAUAUGUUGAAGCUUAAUGAAGAAUUGAUUAGAAAGGUUUUCUUUGAAAUUAAGGGGGUUGAGUUACCAAAUCCUUUUCCUAGGCUUACAUAUGCUGAAGCAAUGAGUAGAUAUGGUUCAGACCGGCCAGAUACCAGAUUUGAUCUUGAGUUAAAAGAUGUAUCUGACAUUUUCUCAGGUUCUUCAUUCAAGGUUUUCUCUGAUUCCUUAGAAAGUGGGGGAGUUAUCAAAGUGUUAUGUGUACCUUCUGGUACAAAAAAGUACUCAAAUUCAGCUCUUAAGAAAGGUGACAUUUACAGUGAAGUACUCAAAUCUGGUGCAAAGGGUUUACCCUUUCUUAAGGUCUUGGAUGAUGGGAACAUGGAGGGAAUUUCUGCAUUAGUAUCAAGUAUGGAUCCUACAACUAGAGAGAAUUUAUUAAGGCGAUGCUCUGCAAGACCAAGUGACCUCAUUCUAUUUGCAGUGGGUCAUCAUGCCUCUGUAAAUAAAACUUUAGACCGUCUGAGAGUUUAUGUGGCCCAUGACCUAGGUUUGAUCGACCAUGACAGGCAUUCAAUUUUGUGGAUAACUGAUUUUCCAAUGUUUGAGUGGAAUGAUCCAGAGCAGAGGCUCGAGGCUCUUCACCAUCCUUUUACCGCACCAAAUCCUGAAGACAUGAAUGACCUUGCAUCUGCUCGUGCUUUGGCUUAUGACAUGGUUUACAAUGGGGUGGAGAUUGGUGGUGGAAGUCUGAGAAUUUAUAAACGUGACAUACAAGAAAAGGUUUUGGAAAUUGUUGGCAUCUCAAUGGAGCAGGCUGAAGCAAAGUUUGGUUAUCUUCUGGAAGCACUUGACAUGGGAGCUCCACCACAUGGUGGCAUAGCUUAUGGGUUGGACAGAUUGGUUAUGCUGUUGGCGGGUGCUAAUUCCAUUAGAGAUGUCAUUGCUUUUCCAAAAACAACCACUGCACAGUGUGCCCUAACCAGAUCACCUUCUGAGGUGGAUCCUCAGCAGCUCAAAGAUCUCUCAAUUAAAACAUAGUAUAGUAUAUAUAUACAUUCAACUUUUUUUUUUUUUGUUAUUUCACUGCACAUCCAUUUUUGUACUGGUGUAAGGAAUAAGUUUUUAACAAAUACUCAAUGAUUAAUCUAAUGACUAAUGUUACUGUCAGAAUUAUGUCA